AUGGGGUUUCAACGUUGCGUAGCAGAUCCAUGUGUCUAUAUUAAACAAGGAAAAGACAUCUCUUACUGUCUAGUUUAUGUAGACGAUAUCCUAUAUAUGCAUAACAAUGAGAGGGAGGAACAGGAAUGUGCCUCUGGUUUGAAACGAUACAUGCAAACGAAAUGCUUAGGGCCCGUACAAGAGUAUCUGGGUAUGCAUGUAAUACAUGAUAAUAAUGGUGGUUUCAUCCUACAUCAAGGAAGCAAAAUAGAGCAGCUGUUAGCUGACAGUAAGAUGGCAGAUUGCAAUGAAAUGAAAACACCCAUGUCGGUGUCAUUUCAAAACGAAACAGAAGGUGACUACUUUACUGACCCAGACUUGUAUAGACAAAUCAUUGGUAAACUACAGUAUUUAGCCAAAGUGACACGCCCGGAUAUAGCUAAUGCUGUUAGCAUACUGUGUCGAAAAGUAGACAAGCCCACUGAGAAAGAUUGGCGUGGGGUUAAACGUGUAGUUAGAUAUCUCAAGGGUACGGUGAAUUAUGGACUCGCUCUAUCUGCUGUAGCAACAGGAAAUCUAGCAUGUUAUGUAGAUGCAGACCAUGCUGGAGACAAAAAUAACCGUAAAUCAACAGCGGGUGUGUUGAUUAUGUUUCAUGGGUAUACAAUAGACUGGUUCAGCAGAAAGCAAACGCUUGUGGCAACAUCUAGUACUGAAGCAGAAUACAUCAGCCUGUCCAUGGCAUGUCACAAAUUGAAUUGGUAUGAACUCUUAAUGGAGGAAGCACAGAUAAAAAUCCAAAAACCAAUAAGAGUAUAUGAGGAUAAUCAGUCGUGCAUACGUUUGGCUGAAUCAGAAGCCAACAAUAGGCGCACUAAACACGUGAGUGUGCGGUUUCACCACGUUAGAGACUGUGUACAAAGCAAAUUGAUUAAAUUGAUCUAUGUGAACACUAAAGAUGCUGAUGCUUGCUGA